AUGCUUUGGGAGUCUCUGGACAAGCCAAAGCCACUGGCUGUGCUAAUUUUUGGUAUCACCACCCUCCUGGUUUGGCACAUCUAUCGUACAUACGCACGAUUGCGGCAUUUUCCUGGCCCAUUCAUCGCAAAAUUCACCAACUUUCAUCGCUUUCUUCUUGCGCGUCAUGGCCGCCUUCAUUUAUAUCAAGAUCGUGCUCAUCAACAGUAUGGCUCUGCUGUUCGGUUCGGUCCUAACCUCGUCUGCAUCUGUGAUCCCGAGGCCAUUCCAACCAUUUUCAACCUACGAGGUGGAUUUCCCAAGAGCAAUAUGUACCGUGCUUUCCGGCCCUGGACCACGGAUGGUCUCCUUCUUUCCGUCUUCACUGCAGAAGACGAUGCGACCAAUCGAGAGAUGAAACAACACAUUUCUGUGUAUUACUCGCUCUCUUAUGCUGUGUCUUCCUUUGAACCGAGAAUGGACCGAGCCUCGCGAAUGCUCUUUGACAAGCUCGACCGUCGGUUUUUGCACCCAGGUGCACAGAUGGACAUGACCCAGUGGAUGAAAUUUCUCUCCUACGAUACCAUGGGCUUGAUGACGUUCUCAGAGCCCUAUGGCUACAUUCAGCAUGGAAAGGACUUGCACGGCAUCAUGGCCGAUGUGAAGAGAGCAAACAUGGUGAUCGGGCCGAUGACGCAGAUCCCAGGGAUUGAUUGGCUCUUACACAAGAACUGGGUAGCAAAUCUCUUCAAACGUGAAGCCAUUGCUCCUCUUCUGGACUACGUCUUGGCGCGUAUUGCUGAGCGCCGGGAAGAACGUCGGAACAACCCCAAGUCGCCCGCCAAUGCGAAGAUCGACGGGCCCAUUGCCGAGGGCGACUUCCUCGGAUAUUAUCUCAAUGCUCAGGAGAGAAAGGACAAUGUGCCCCUUCGAUUCGUGUCAACCUGGGCUUUUGCCAACAUUCUUGGCGGAGCCGACUCCACAGCUUCGAUGCUUCGAUCGGUCGUCUGUUUUCUAGCCGAACACCCCGACGCACUGGAAACGGUACGGACCGAGCUGCGGGAUAAGCAACAAACUGCUACCGGGCUCACUCUGCCUUUCCCACAAUGGCAUGAGCUGCAGGAUCUCCCCUUCCUAGACGCCUGUAUUAAAGAGUGCCUCCGGCUGGACGCUCCAUUCGCUAUGCCUCUUGAACGGGUGGUUCCUGCGUCGGGAGCCACCAUCUGCGGUCACUUUUACCCCGGAGGCACUGUGGUUGGCAUGAGUCCAUACAUUACUAACCGUUAUAAACCGACUUGGGGUGAUGAUGCAGAUCAGUGGCGUCCCCGUCGCUGGCUGGAUGGCGAACCGUCGCGUAUCAGGAAGCUUGAAGCUAGUCUGCUCACAUUCGGAGCCGGAACACGAGGUUGCCUGGGGCAGCACGUUGCUUUAUUUGAAAUCAAGAAAUUUGUCACGGCGCUCUUCAUGAACUAUGAUGUCGAUCUUGUCGAGCCUCGAGCAAAUUCUAAUCCUUACUACUGGGUCGUAUAUCCAGAGAGCGUGCGGGUGAUAGUGAGAAAACGCGAGUCUAAAUAUUAG